AGAAAAUAGAAAGAAAUUAAUAUUAAAAGUAAAACUGAAAAUUAAAACAAUCAAAAGCGCAACGUCGAGGCUUAAAGUGACAGACGACAGGCCACAACAACAACAAGCAAAAGAAGAAGAAGACGAAAAAGAAGAACAACAACUGGCGCAAAUGCAGCAACGAUCGUUGGCGUCGUCGCUGCGGCGCGUCAACAUAAAACCAGCAGCAGCAGCACCACCACCAAAACGAAGAAUGAAAAAAUCAACUACAACAACACGAAGAGCCGCAGUAGCUUGGCUCAAAAUGCUGCUGCUGUCGACGCCGCCGCCUCUGCUAAUGUCGCUGCUACUGCUCGGCAUUGCUGCAUUUAGCUUGGACAGCUGCUCAUGUUACGCGGAUGCCAUUCCGCAGCAGCAGCAGCAACAACAGCAACCAGGACCACCGACAGGACAAUCGCAACAACAGCAGCAACAGGCGCCGCGUUUCACAACGCAUCCAUCGUCAUCGGGAUCCAUUGUUAGCGAGGGACGGACUAAGAUUUUACAAUGUCAUGCGCUGGGUUCACCACAGCCCACAUAUCGUUGGCUCAAGGAUGGCAUACCCGUUGCCGAUUAUUCAUCCAGUCAAUUUUAUCGCAUUCACAUCACGAAGCGCGAGGAUGCUGGCAGCUAUCAGUGCAUAGCCAGAAACGAGGCUGGCUCCAUUUUCAGCGAGAAAAGCGACGUUGUUGUUGCCUAUAUGGGCACGUUCGAGAACAUGACCGAGGGACGUUUGUCAGUGAUCAGCGGUCAUCCGGCCAUAUUCGAUAUGCCGGCAAUUGAUUCGGUGCCGAAGCCUUCGGUCAUUUGGCAGACGGAGAAGGGGCCGCUUAACUAUGAGAUCAAGUACGCGUUAACCCAGGCCAAUCAGCUGAUUGUGCUCAGCGCCGAUAAACAGGACCGCCAGGCAUAUCGGGCACGCGCCAUGAACACCCAACUGGGCAAGGAGGAGAUGAGCGCGUUUGUGCAUCUCAAUGUCACCGGCGAUCCGUAUGUGGAGGUGGCGCCCGAGAUAAUAGUGCCGCCCCAGGAUCUGAAGCUGAAGCGCGGCGAGGGCGUGGCCGAGCUGCAGUGCAUUGCCAAUGCACGACCGCUGCACGAGCUGGAGACCAUCUGGCUGAAGGAUGGCCAGCCCGUGGAAAAUGCCGGCGUUCUGCAUACACUCAACGAUCCCUGGAAUCGCACCUUGGCCCUGCUGCAGGCGAACAGCUCGCAUGCCGGCGAAUACAGCUGCCAGGUGCGUUUGCGCAGCGGCGGCUUUCAAACGGUCACGGCCAGCGCACACGUCUACAUCCUCGAGCCACCCAUGUUCUUUACGCCCAUGCGUGCCGAGACCUAUGGCGACUUUGGCGGUCAAGUCAUGUUGCCCUGCGACGUUGUCGGCGAUCCGACGCCCCAGGUCCAAUGGUUCCGCAAUGCCGAACGUAUCGAGGCGCAGCUACUAACUGGCGGAUACACAUUGAAAGCCGAUAAUACGCUGAUAAUUAAAAAACUGACGCUGGAUGAUGAGGGCAUGUUCCAAUGUCUGGCGACCAAUGAGGCUGGCGAGAAAUCUGCCUACACCUGGCUGCGUGUGAAAACUACAACUGAAGCAGCUGCUUUGCUGCAGCCGCGCGUGAAGCGUUUGGCACAGCCGCGCAUAUUGCGGGUGAGAGCCUCGCAUGCUGGCAUGGGAUCGGGUCCGAGAUCGGGCUCGGGAUCGGGAUCGGGAUCGGGCAUGGGCAUGAACGCUAAAUACCCUGGCAAGGGUAAUAAACGCAAGGAAUUUCGCUUUGCCUCAGCCCCAAUAAUGGAGCAGCCGCCGCAGAACGUAACCGCACUGGAUGGCAAAGAUGCAACCAUCUCCUGUCGGGCCGUCGGCGCACCAAAUCCAAACAUCACCUGGAUCUACAAUGAAACUCAAUUGGUCGAGCUGUCGAGCCGCGUUCAAAUACUCGAAUCUGGCGAUUUACUCAUCUCAAAUAUACGCGCCGCCGACGCCGGCCUCUACAUCUGUGUGCGCGCCAACGAGGCGGGCAGCGUCAAGGGCGAGGCAUAUCUGGGCGUAUUGGUGCGAACACAAAUCAUUCAACCGCCGGUGGACACGACCGUGCUGCUUGGCCUAACCGCAACGCUGCAGUGCAAGGUGUCGAGCGAUCCGAGCGUGCCAUACAACAUCGACUGGUAUCGCGAGGGCCAAUCGGCGCCCAUCAGCAAUUCGCAGCGUAUUGGCGUGCAGGCGGAUGGCCAGCUGGAGAUACAGGCGGUGCGGGCCAGCGAUGUGGGCAGCUAUGCGUGUGUGGUGACAUCGCCCGGCGGCAACGAGACGCGCUCGGCGCGUCUCAGCGUCAUCGAGCUGCCAUUCCCGCCCAGCAAUGUGAAGGUGGCGCGUCUGGCCGAGCCGCAGCAGCGCAGCAUCAAUGUGUCCUGGACGCCCGGCUUCGAUGGCAACAGUCCAAUAGCCAAAUUUAUUAUACAGCGUCGCGAGGUCUCCGAAUUGGAAAAAUUCGUAGGUCCCGUACCAGAUCCGCUGCUCAAUUGGAUCACCGAACUGAGCAACGUUUCGGCCGAUCAACGCUGGAUUUUGCUGGAGAAUCUGAAGGCCGCCACCGUCUAUCAGUUUCGUGUGAGCGCCGUCAAUCGCGUCGGCGAGGGCUCCCCAUCUGAGCCAAGUAACAUCGUCGAGCUGCCCCAAGAAGCGCCCUCGGGUCCACCCGUUGGCUUCGUCGGCUCUGCCAGAUCGAUGUCGGAAAUCAUAACGCAGUGGCAGCCGCCGCUAGAGGAGCAUCGCAACGGCCAGAUACUGGGCUAUAUACUGCGCUAUCGUCUCUACGGGUACAGCAAUGUGCCGUGGUCCUAUCAGAACAUUACGAACGAGGCGCAGCGCAAUUUCCUCAUACAGGAGCUGAUCACAUGGAAGGACUAUAUUGUUCAGAUCGCUGCGUACAAUAAUAUGGGCGUGGGCGUCUACACCGAGGGCUCCAAGAUCAAGACCAAGGAGGGCGUACCCGAGGCACCGCCCACAAAUCUGCGCGUGCUGGCGCUGAACUCGACGGCUGCACAGAUUAGCUGGACGCCACCGAACCCGCAGCAGAUCAACGGCAUCAAUCAGGGCUACAAGAUCCAGGCAUGGCAACAGCAUAUCAUUGAAGGCGAGCCCCAGGACCUCGAGAAGCGCAUGAUAACCGUGCCGCCCAGCCUGAUCGAUCCCCUGGCCGAGCAGACGGCCACGCUCAAUGGCUUGGACAAGUACGCCAAAUAUAACAUCACCGUGCUGUGCUUCACCGAUCCCGGCGAUGGCGUCAUCAGCCAGAAGGUGUCCGUCAUGACCAAAGAGGAUGUGCCCGAUGAGAUAACUGCCCUGCACUUCGAUGAUGUCUCCGAUCGUGCCGUAACCGUCCUUUGGGCACCACCCCGCCACGCCAACGGCCUGCUCACGGGCUACACGGUGCGCUAUCAGAUGCGCGAUCGUCCCGAGACCAUGAAGUCCAUCAACCUAACUGCCGAGGAUACACAGCUCACGGUCAACCAGCUGCAGGCGACCACGCACUACUGGUUCGAGAUCUGCGCCUGGACACGCAUUGGCAGCGGCACACCCAAGACGGCGACCAUACAGUCGGGCGUGGAGCCCGUGCUGCCGCAUGCCCCGACCAGCCUGGCGCUGUCCAACAUUGAGGCGUUCUCCGUGGUGCUGCAGUUUACGCCCGGCUUCGAUGGCAACUCGAGCAUCACCAAAUGGAAAGUGGAGGCCCAAACGGCACGCAACAUGACCUGGUUCACCAUAUGCGAGAUCAGUGAUCCCGAUGCGGAGACUCUCACCGUCACCGGCCUGAUGCCCUUCACCCAGUACCGCUUGCGUCUGAGCGCCACCAAUGUGGUGGGCAGCUCGCGUCCCUCGGAGCCCACCAAGGACUUCCAGACCAUACAGGCCCGCCCCAUGCACGCACCCUACAACGUCACCGUACGUGCGAUGAGCGCACAGCAGCUACGCGUGCGCUGGAUACCGCUGCAGCAGACCGAGUGGUUUGGCAAUCCGCGUGGCUACAACAUCACCUACCGCCAGGUGGAGCGCAAGGCGGGCACUAUUAAGAAUCCGCCGCGCAGCACGCUCAUCGAAGACCACACGGCCAAUUCGCAUGUGCUCGAUGCUCUCGAGGAAUGGACACUGUACGAGGUGCUGAUCAAUGCCUGCAACGAUGUUGGCUGCUCGCGCGCCAGCAAUGCCGCUGAGGAGCGCACGCGUGAGGCGACGCCCAGUUACGGUCCGUUAGAGGUCGAAGCGAAUGCCACUUCGUCAACCACCGUGGUGGUGCGCUGGGGCGAGGUGCCGCGCCAACAUCGCAAUGGUCAAAUUGAGGGCUACAAGGUCUUCUACGCCGCCACAGAUCGCAUCAUCAGCGUUCCGGUGCUCCACAAGACCAUACCGAACAACAGUUCGUUCACCACGACCCUCACGGAGCUGAAGAAAUAUGUGGUCUAUCACGUGCAAGUGCUGGCCUACACACGGCUGGGCGAUGGUGCGCUGAGCACGCCUCCGAUACGAGUCCAGACCUUUGAGGAUACGCCCGGAGCACCGUCGAAUGUCAGCUUUCCGGAUGUCACUUUCUCAAUGGCUCGCAUCAUUUGGGAUGUGCCCGAUGAUCCGAAUGGUGAGAUACUCGCCUACCAGGUCACCUAUACUCUGAAUGGCAGCGCCAAUCUGAACUAUAGCCGCGAGUUCCCGCCCUCGGAUCGCACCUUCCGCGCCACCCAGCUGCUGUCCGAGCGCUACUACAGCUUCAGUGUGACCGCCCAGACGCGCCUUGGCUGGGGCAAGACAGCCUCCGUGCUGGUGUACACCACCAACAAUAGGGAUCGUCCGCAGGCGCCGUCGGUGCCGCAGGUUUCACGCAGCCAGAUUCAGGCUCAUCAGAUCACCUUCAGCUGGACACCGGGCAGAGAUGGCUUCGCACCGCUGCGCUACUACACGGUGCAGAUGCGCGAGAAUGAGGGACCAUGGCAGCCGCUGCCGGAGCGCGUCGAUCCGUUGCUCAGCUCGUACACGGCUCUUGGCUUGAAGGCGCACACCACUUACCAGUUCCGGAUUCAGGCAACCAACGAUCUGGGCCCCUCGGCGUUCAGUCGCGAAAGCAUUGUGGUGCGCACGCUGCCCGCCGCCCCGGCCAUUGGAGUCGGCGGCUUGAAGGUGGUGCCCAUUACGACGACCUCGGUGCGCGUGCACUGGGGCGCGCUGGAGACGGGCAUGUGGAACGGCGAUGCAGCCACUGGCGGCUAUCGCAUACUGUAUCAACAGCUCUCCGACUUCCCCACUGCCCUGCAGUCUACCCCCAAAACGGAUGUCAUGGGCAUCAAUGUGAACAGCGUGGUGCUAUCCGACCUGACCCAGGAUCGCAAUUAUGAAAUCGUCGUGUUGCCGUUCAACUCGCAGGGACCGGGUCCGGCUACCCCGCCGGCUGCCGUUUAUGUCGGCGAGGCGGUGCCCACUGGAGAGCCACGUGCCGUGGAUGCAGCCUCCAUAUCCAGCACCGAGGUGCGUCUGCGCUGGAAGCCACCAAAGCAGAGCAUGCAAAAUGGCGACAUCUUGGGCUACAAGAUCUUCUACCUGGUCACAUAUUCGCCGCAGGCGCUCGAGCCCGGCCGCAAGUGGGAGGAGGAGAUCGAAGUUGUCUCUGCCACGGCCACAUCGCACAGUCUCGUCUUUCUGGACAAAUACACCGAGUAUCGCAUCCAGCUGCUGGCCUUCAAUCCCGCCGGCGAUGGACCACGUUCCGCUCCCGUCACGGUCAAGACGCUGCAGGGUGUGCCCAGCGCACCGCUCAACUUGCGCUUCUCCGACAUCACCAUGCAGAGCCUGGAGGUUACCUGGGAUCCGCCCAAGUUUCUCAAUGGCGAAAUACUUGGCUAUCUGGUCACCUACGAGACCACCGAGGAGAACGAGAAGUUCAGCAAGCAGGUGAAGCAGAAGGUGUCGAACACAACGCUACGAGUCCAGAAUCUGGAGGAGGAGGUCACCUAUACGUUCACUGUGCGCGCCCAGACGAUUGAUUACGGCCCAGCGGUCAGCGAGAAUGUGACCACCGGACCACAGGAUGGCUCGCCCGUGGCACCACGCGAUCUCAUACUGAGCAAGACGCUGUCCAGCGUCGAAAUGCACUGGAUCAAUGGACCGUCCGGUCGCGGACCCAUACUUGGCUACCUCAUCGAGGCCAAGAAACGUGAGAAAGGAGAGCCGUCGUUUAUAUUUUCUCAACUCGCAGACGAUUCGCGCUGGACGAAGAUUGAGCAGACUAAGAAGGGUACCAUGCAAGACUUUACCGUCAGCUAUCAUAUCCUAAUGCCAUCGACAGCUUAUACAUUCCGGGUGAUUGCCUAUAACCGCUAUGGCAUAUCGUUUCCGGCCUACUCCAAGGACUCGAUACUGACACCGUCGAAACUGCAUCUGGAGUAUGGUUAUUUGCAGCACAAGCCCUUCUAUAGGCAGACUUGGUUCAUGGUCUCGCUGGCGGCCACAUCGAUAGUCAUUAUAGUGAUGGUCAUUGCCGUGCUCUGCGUGAAGAGCAAGAGCUACAAGUACAAACAGGAGGCACAGAAGACACUGGAGGAGUCCAUGGCCAUGUCGAUUGAUGAGCGCCAGGAGCUGGCACUGGAGCUAUAUCGUUCGCGUCACGGCGUCGGCACUGGCACACUGAACAGCGUUGGCACACUGCGCAGCGGCACCUUGGGCACUCUCGGCCGCAAGUCGACCAAUCGGCCACCGACCAGUGCUCAGUUGGGCAAAAGUCCACCCAGACCAUCGCCCGCCUCGGUGGCCUAUCAUAGUGACGAGGAGAGUCUGAAGUGCUACGAUGAGAAUCCCGAUGACAGCAGCGUAACCGAGAAGCCAUCCGAAGUGAGCAGCUCUGAGGCCUCGCAGCAUUCGGAGAGCGAGAAUGAGAGCGUGCGCAGCGAUCCGCACUCGUUUGUCAAUCAUUAUGCCAACGUCAAUGACUCACUGCGACAAUCGUGGAAGAAGACCAAGCCGGUGCGCAACUAUUCCAGCUAUACUGACUCCGAGCCAGAGGGCAGCGCCGUGAUGAGCCUCAACGGCGGCCAGAUCAUUGUCAACAACAUGGCCCGAUCGCGGGCUCCACUGCCCGGCUUCUCGUCAUUUGUCUGACAAUCAACUGAGUUCUAAGAUCUAAGCAACAGCAGCAGCAACACCGUCAUCCGGGAGACUUUUGUUUAAUCAUGCCCAAGGAGACGCACGGACAACGCAAAUAGCUCAGAUUGCCGCCAUCAAGCAAGGAGCCAACAAAUCGUCCUUGGCUGUCUGUGCGCGUGUGUGUGACGUGUGUGACGUGUGUCUAGCUGUUGCUUGU